AUGCGCUUCCGUGCUGAGAUACGCAAUGUCUCAACCUUCACCAAAUUCACGGCCUCCCUAGCAUCCCUCGGCCACAUCGCAUGGGUCCGUCUCGAUAGCAAGGACGUUCGCUUCACCGUCAUCCCAGAGCAGGGCACGCAAGUAUGGAGCGUCCUUACACCCGACGCCAUCUUCCAGGAAUACACGAUUCAGAGUGCCGCGCCGAACAACACAAUCAAUCUUGAAGUGCCACUCGCGCCACUGCAGCGAGCUCUGAAGUCAGCGCAGAAUGCAAUCGCGGCCAACAUACGUCUCACUAAGAAGGACAACAUCCCACUACUCAGCUUGACGAUUACCACAAUGGCUAUGAGCAGCACGCAGCCAUCGUCCUCCGCAAAUGGACAAGAUGGUUUUGCCAGCAACCACCACCCCACACCUAACGACAGUUCCGAGACUUUUCGCGAAGAAAGCGUCGACUUCUUCGGCUCCCGUCAAGAUCGCGAAACAGUAAUCACGCAAGACGUGCCCAUCCGUGUCCUCGCACUCGCCUCGGUAGAAGGUCUCCACGAACCGCGCUGUCGGGAACCGGAUGUGCACAUCGUGUUACCCAAUCUCCUCCAGCUGAAAAGCAUCAGCGACCGCUUCACAAAACAAGCCAUGUCGACGAAAUCCGCACGAGGGACGGGUCUGGCCAAUAUCGCUCGCGGACCAAAACUGGAGCUGAGUGGCAAUAUGCAUGGUUGUCUUCGCCUCGCGCUCGACACCGACGCCAUGAAGAUCAGCUCUCUCUGGACGGGCCUGGAGAAUCCGGAACUCGAUCCCGAACAAGUGGCUGAGGGCGAAGAAGGGCUCGCGAAUCAUCCGAGCACGAGGAUGAAGGCGCUGGGUGAUGCUUCGGGUCAGGACGAGGAAGGGUGGGCGACUGUGAGGAUUGAGGGCAGGGAUUGGGGUAAGGUGUUGAGUGUAGGGCGGUUGGGUGGCAGGGUGAUCGCGUGCUUUUGCGAUGAGCAUGCGCUGAUACUUUAUGUUUUUCUUACGAACGAUGAGCCGGGUGGUGGGGAGAGCGUUUUGACGUACUACAUCAGUUCUUACAGUGCGUGA